GAGGCUAAAUUAUGCCUUUCGUCUCAUUUUGCAGGCUUCUGGAGUGACAGUGAAUGAUGAAGUCAUAAAGGUUUUUAAUGACAUGAAAGUAAGGAAAUCAUCAACCCCAGAAGAGAUCAAAAAAAGAAAGAAAGCUGUUCUCUUUUGCUUAAGCGAUGACAAGAAACAAAUCAUUGUGGAGGAAUCAAAGCAGAUAUUGGUUGGCGAUAUUGGAGAUACUGUGGAGGACCCCUAUACAUCCUUUGUCAAGUUACUACCUUUGAAUGAUUGCCGAUAUGCUUUGUAUGAUGCCACAUACGAGACAAAGGAGUCUAAGAAAGAAGAUCUGGUAUUUAUAUUCUGGGCUCCGGAAAGUGCACCUUUAAAAAGCAAGAUGAUCUACGCGAGCUCUAAAGAUGCCAUUAAAAAGAAAUUUACAGGUAUUAAACACGAGUGGCAAGUAAAUGGUUUGGAUGAUAUUAAGGACCGUUCAACACUUGGAGAGAAACUGGGAGGCAAUGUGGUAGUUUCACUUGAAGGAAAACCCUUAUAAAAAGACAGACAAGUGCCAUCUGGAUCCUAAGGAGCUUCCAUUUCUGCAGCUCAUUCAAUUGGAAUAGCAUUAGUCUCCCUUACCCCAGUCCCCUCCGUCUGCCAACUUCCCCUCCCUACACAUCUGAAGAAGAUGUUAUUAAGUUAAGCAGUCUACCAGUGAUUGCCAUUAGACUGUUUAAUCCUGGUAGUUUUAUGUAGAACCCAAGGAAUGCUUUCACGUCAUACUCUUAGCCAAAACUGACGUUGCAUGCAUUCCUUGCAACAUGUACAAUGAAUGUGAUAGUUAAUGUGAAUA